GCAAAAAUGGCGGCGGCCAGGUGCGGGAGGCUUGUGUUCCGCGGCCCGGGGCUGUCACUGCACACGGCGGCCGAGGCCGCGGCCAGGACUCCGGAUGUGGCAGUGGCCCCCUUAGCGCGCUACCCGCCGAUUGUGGCCUCCAUGACUGCAAAGAGCAAGGCUGCACGACAGCGGCGAGUGGAGCGAUGGCAGGCGGCGGUACACGCGGCCGAGUCGGUGGACGAGAAGCUGCACAUCCUCACCAAGAUGCAGUUCAAGAAGUACAUGGUUUACCCGCAGACCUUCUCUCUGAAUGCCGACCGCUGGUAUCAGGGCUUCACCAAGACCGUGUUCCUGUCUGGUCUGCCCCCGCCGCCCGCCCAGCCGGCGCCUGCGCCUGCCCUGGACCUGGGGGCCCUCCGUGCGGUGGCCUGUGAAUGCCUUCUGCAGGAGCACUUCUUCCUGCGGCGCAAGCGGCGGGCGCCCAUUUACCAGGAGCGUGAGGCGAUCGCCUCGCCCUUCCUGGAUCAGCUGGUGGCCGCCCUCGUGGGCCUGCUCAGCCCGCACAACCCGGUCCUGGCUGCCGCGGUCCUCGAUAAUAAACGCCCAGUUCACUUUUACUGGAUGCGGGGUGAGGAAAUUAUUCCUUGUGGUCAUCGGAAAGGUCGAGUUGAUGCUUUGCGAUACCAAAUAAAUGAUAAACCACACAACCAGAUUCGGAUAUCCAAGCAGCUUCCAGAGUUUGUGCCACUGGAUUAUUCUGUUCCUGUAGAGAUCCCAGUUAUGAGUUGUAAGCCAGACAAACUUCCAUUAUUCAAGCAAUAUGAAAAUACCAUAUUUAUUGGCUCAAAGACAGCAGAUCCACACUGUUAUGGUCAUACCCAGUUUCAUCUGUUACCUGACAAAUAUAAAAGGGAAAGACUUUUGAAACAGAACUGUGCUGAUCAGAUAGAGGUGGUUUUUAGAGCGAAUGCUAUUGCAAGCCUUUUUGCUUGGACUGGAGCACAAGCUAUGUAUCAAGGUUUCUGGAGCCAAGCAGAUGUUACUCGUCCUUUUGUCUCCCAGGGUGUGAUCACAGAUGGAAAAUACUUUUCCUUUUUCUGCUACCAGUUAAAUACCUUGGCGCUGACUACCCAAGCUGAUCAGAAUAACUCUCGUAAAAAUAUAUGUUGGGGGACACAAAGUAAGCCUCUUUAUGAAACAAUUGAAGACAAUGAUGUGAAAGGUUUUAAUGAUGAUGUUCUACUUCAGAUAGUUGACUUUCUUCUGAAUAGACCAAAAGAAGACAUAUCACAGCUGUUGGAAGAGUAAGGAAUGGCAUUUCAUUCAGCACUCUGAUUAAUUUCACUGAAGGGACAGUAAAAGGAAUUUUGAUGAUGGGGCUUACACUGUCAAAUAUUAAAUGUUUUUGAUAUUUUAAGGUGAAGAUUUCUCAUGUUAACCUAGGAUUAGACCUCAUUUUGUUCAAAAUAAACAAUUUAUAAAAUUGAGGUUUUGUUGUAGAUAAAGUAUGUUGAUUUAAACACUUUAUUCAUACACGACUGAUGAUAUCAAUUGAGCUGUCUGCAAUAUCUGUCAUUAAUUGCACGUGAUUGUAAAAGUAACAUGGAAAAUAAUUCAAAUGCUUAAGAAUAUGUAGAUGUUUUAGUUUCCUUAUUUUUUUAUUAAUAACAUGGUAUAAUUUUGUCUGUGCAAACCCCUUUAAAACAUUAAUAGUAUUUUACACAUGUGGGAACCAGUCCAGAGGAGUUAUGACAUUUCCACAUUUUCACGGAUGAUUAGUAAUGAAACAGAUGAAUUUUAUGCAACUUAGAUUAUUAGCACUUACAAGAAAUACUAACAUAUUUCAGUUAGUGCUAUUUUCUCUAUCCCAAGGAUUACAAAACUAGUUUUGCUGUGUUUCAAAAUCAGUUGUCAGUUGACAAAAUAAUCUUAUUGAGAAUUAAGACUCAUUCAGAACAUUUUUAAUGAGAAAAAAUUAUUUUUGUGUGAUCAUGCUUAACAUUUCUUAUUUUAUAUUGUCUCCUAUUGUGAAUAUUUAAAUAUCCAUUAUGUACAGUAGUUAUGUGAUGAAUAAUUGUUAUUCUCCCUCCCUCCCUCUCCCCUUCCUUCCAUGCUUUCCUAGAAGCCUGCAGGUUAUUUGCCAAAAAUGAUUGUGAAACUGAAGGAAUAUCAUUUGAAAAAUAUACCUCUGCUCAGUUAAGUGCUUGCUUUGCAAGGCAUUGUUCUGUUUUAUAAUAGUCUACUGCUGUGUUUCUCCCAGAAUGCCAUGCAAUUUCACUUCAUUCUUUUUUUAACCUGUUUACAAAGUUUGGGAUACAGUUUUCUAUCCUUGGUUGUGUCUAUUCUGACCUGUCUGUUGUAUUCUCAUUUAUCUGUCAUGGGAAGAUGGAGAUGUAUAAAGCAUACAUGUACCAAGCUUCAGGUAAAUUAUUACUAAUCUUGGCUCUCACUUUCUAAUUUAAGAGAAGAAUUUGAGUUACCUCCCUUGAUUUCUGCUUCCAUAAAACAAAAUCAUCUCAGGAAAUUAAUUGUAAGAGUUAGUAUUUGUGAAAGUGCUUUUAAAAUACUAUGUAAUUAAAAUAUGUAGGUUCAGUUGAAAUACCAUUUCUUUUUCUAAGCUGAUUAUAUUUAAUUACCCCAUCCUUUGAAUAUGUGUACCUCUAUGAUAGCACCGGUUUCAUUCUCUUGUAACAACGCUCUAAUUACAAAUGGAGAACACAUACAUUCCACAUAUACAUACCUAUGCCUAUAGGUCAGAACUUAAUAUAACACUAUAUUCUAGAGCUUGGUCUAAAUGUGUUUGUGUGUAUAUAUAUGUUUGUGUAUAUAUAUA